AUGUCCAAGAGCACUGGAAAGUCCGCGCCCGCCGCCAAGCCCGCUAAGGCCACAGCGGCCUCAGAGAGCAGUCUCGAGAUGUCCGCCGAUAUGCGCAUCGUCGGCGACAACAACACCGUCCUCAGUAAAAAGGCCGUUGCAGGGACUUGGGACUCCCCCACUCCGGAGGAGUUCCUGACGCACCUUGGGGAAUCCCUCAAGGCUCCACCCCUGGAACGGUGCAUCAUCCGCUUCCUUCAAGACCACCAGGAGAGUGGGAACAUCCUGGCGUCGCGCGUCACGAAGUCUUUCAAAGACGGCGGGAUGCCGGAGUCGAAGGUUUGGGGAGGCGCGGACGCGGUGACGUUCGCCCGUGAUGAUGAGCUCUUGGACGGUCCCAUGGGGGGGUACCGUAACGAAGGAGUUAAGUGGGCCUCUUUCGGUGCCCCGAUCACGUUCUGGCAUUGGCCCUUGGGCACGUCAGAUAUGGUGUCCGGAUCGUGGUGUUGGGAAGUGACGGGGAACGAGGACGGCGAUUGGGACGACGCCGCCCUCACAGGCCUCUUGACCGCGGUGGGAGCGAUGACGGCGUAUGCCACCAGAAGGCUGUUUAAGAACGGCCACCCAUCGAAGGUGUGGGUGGUGCGCGUCGAUGAGGCCGGCGACGAUAAGGGCGUGGACCACACCAUCAACGGUCUCAAGUUCACGUUCCACCACCGUUGCGCGCUCUGCGGUCGCGGCCCGCCUUGGGUCAGCUACCACGACCACGUUCAGUGCCCCCUCAUGGGGACGAUGAACAAGGUCCGCGAGCACCUCGGGUACGAGCCCAUGCACGCCGAGGCCGGGUGCGUCAUUCGCAAGGACGCGCUGCGCCCUAUGGACGUCGAGAAGGAAUACAAGGAGCUGAGGAAAACGCUCGAGGAUUUGGAGAAGCGGGUCAAGCAGUGCGAGCAGCUGAUCGAGACCUUGCAGGGCAAGAAGCGAAAGGGCGGUGCCGCGCCGGACGCUGACGCCCCUCCGUCCAAGAAGCAGAAGAAAAACAAGGACGCUUCCAAGGAGGAGAAGAAGGCGGGGCCGUCCAAGCCUAAGCCCGGCAAGGGCGGCGGCAAGGCCUAG